AUGUCGUCCUCGCUACUGAACAGCGAGAGAAAUCUACCGCGUGAUCCGCCCCUGACUGCCGUGGGCGAGGCGCAGAUUAAAGAGCUCGGUGCAUUUUUCCGUAGCCUCCCGAAAAACGAGCAGCCGCAGCUUGUGGUCAGCUCUCCGUAUACCCGCUGUGUCCGCACAGCGAUUCCGGUUGUAGAAGGGGUUGAAUGCCCGUUAGUGAUUGAGCCGGGCCUCGCGGAAUGGUUUGCCCCCGUGUGGCCGGAAAAUACAGGGGCGCAUGGGACGCCGCCAUCCGGCGAGCAUGUCGCGAAUUUUUUUCCUCAAGUGGAUACCUCGUGGACCCCCCUGUUAUACCCUGAUCCCCUUGGAGAGACAGUCGAGGACUUGCACCACCGUAUGUAUGAGUGUCUGCGCCGGAUCGAUGCGCGCUGCAAAAAGCUUGGAGUGGAGCGCGUUCUGAUUGUCUCGCACGCCGCGUCGAUUAUUGCCCUCGGGCGCAUGCUCCUCGGUGGCGGGCGCUAUGGAGAGCAGAAAUCCUAUCCAGUGCUUGCCGGCACAGCGAGUGUAAGCAAGUAUGUGGCCGAAAAUUGCGGCGCGAAUGAGGACGAGUUGCGGUGGGUGCAAGCGUACAAUGGGAACACAAGCUUUCUCCAAGGCGGCUCACAGCGCGAAUGGGACUUUAGUUUCGUGCCAGAGAACAUUACCGAGCAUGGCCUCGGGCUGCACUGGGAAGAUGUGUACCUGCCCGAGAACCCGCGCCUCAUUUUCAAGGCUCGCUCGCGUCUAUAG